AUGAAAAUGUCCUCGACGCUCAGCUCCCUUUCGCCGAACAAGAGCAGCCUUUUCACUGCGAGCUACGAGAGGACGGACCUCACCGAGGCGCAAAGACAGAUGAGCCUGCUUCUCUUCGGCUUGUGCGUAGCCAUCGCCGCUGCUACCUUCAUGGGAGGUGUGUAUUCUCUCUUCUUUUUCAUUCGGAUGAGGUGGAAAACCAUCCUGUGGCUCAUCGUGGCUUCGAUGUCCGUGGACGACCUGCUCAGCGUGAUACCUCUCUCCCUCUUCAUGCUCCUCCAGUGGGAGAGAGAUGGAGAUGGAGGGUCGGUGACCAUAUGCACUUUAUCCGGACUUCUCUAUGUUUUCCAAGGACUCUCCAGCAAUAUGAAAGCUUGCCUUAUCGCAGCCUACACCUUUUACGUUACCAAGCGAGAAGGAAGCCCUCGGCCGUUGAGGGUGAUGUUGGCGAUAGCCGGGGUGUGGGUAGUCAGCCUGGCCGUCAGUGUACUACCCCUGUGCGGCUGGGGGAGUUUCACCCCGCACUCUCUCGGCUGCUUCCCGGAGAGACGAAGUUUUUACGUUCUGCUCCUAUUUUCUUUGUACUCCCUGUGUCUCUGCGGAUUGGUGCUCUUCUUCGUUCCUCUCACCUACCAGCUCCUGUGUUCCAGGGAGCCACAGAGGACGUUCUACCCGAGCUACUUGGAUAUAGCCAGGGAUCUGAGAGGGGACGGGUCUGCGCCUCUCUGCGACCUCCCGUCCUUCUCUCGGGAUAGCUUGGACAGAAGUUUCAGUGCCUACAACGAGCUGAGUCCGGGUGGUUUGGGGAAAGAGCUAGGGGUGCGGGGCAAAGUGGAAACAUAUACCUGCCCAACCCCUGCCUCUGACGGUGUACUGAGGGAUGACGGAGCCAUCAGUAACUGGGAAUCCCCGGUGUUCUUUGCACAAAAGCGCUUCUCCAUGAUCCUGGCGGUGGUGAGAGUUGUCUUGUGGAUGCCUAUGAUGGUGAGUGGCCUAGAGAUGCUAAAAUGUGUAGAUUAAGAAAUAGAUAAUCAUAGCUAGGCUAUGUAUGCUCCUAUAACAAAUAGGUGUUCAUGUGGGGUUUACGAUAGGGCUAUUGCAUUGUAUUCAGUGUGUUUUCUUAGUCCUACAAUGCCACGUUGAAUAGGCCUUCUGCCUACUCUGUAAAACGUAGGGGAACGUGGGGUAACUACCCCCCCCCCCCCCCCCCCCCCCCUUUGGUAGCAAAGUUUGGUAACUGUUUUUGUAUGUGGAUGAUGGUCAUGCUUAGGCAAACAAACUAUGAAGGGGAAAUAAGUAGCUACUUUUUUUUUGUUAUUUAAUGAAAUGAUGUUUUUAGAAAAGGGGCGUUUUUCCCAAGUACCAGGGGUAACUGGGCCGGCCACUGAAGAUUAGUGUGUUAAAAUCUAUUUAAUUAAAUUCAAUCUAAUAAACAAAAUGGCAUUGCACAUCUCACUGUUAAUAUCCUCACUAUAUUUAGGUUUCCAUUCAAUUGGCAACAGAUUUUCAUGCAAAUAUUCUAAAAUUUACAUAAAAACAUUAUGCACAUUUUCCCACCAGAGAUGUUUCCAUCAAACUGACUUGUUGUGGAUAAAAGUCUGUGGGUGACGAUGAAGUGCACAUCAAAAGUUCAAGUUCAAAGUUCAUCAAAAGUUGGGUUUCCAUCACAUUUUCAACUACUGAUGUUUUUUUUCACAGAAGAUGUUGCGUUAUAAAUGUGCCCACUUUGGUAUUGGCACAUGCUUUUCUGGCCAACCGCUCACAGAUACAGUGCAGGUGUAGCCUACAUGAUGAGAUUAUCAUGGACAAAAGAGAGAGAUUAUUUCAAACAGCAGGCAAGCAUCGAUAAUCAUGUCACCAGAAUAAGAAUUUUCGAUUUUUCUUGGAAAGGAGCGUCAAGCUCAUAACCGUGUACUUUAGCUGCCCCACUGGUUUUUAUCAAUUUGUAUCUCUAAACAAGUGGAUUAUUUAUCUUUAGGCUCCCCUAAUGGUAUAUUUACAUUUACAUUUACUCAUUUGCAAGCGCUCAUUUUACGCACGAAGUCAGAACCUUACAAUGAAUAUAUACCUCACACAUAAUAAGACAAAGUGAAAACAGGUUUUUAGAAUUUUAGCAAAUGUAUUCAAAAUAAAAAACAGAAAUCCCUUAUUUACAUAACUAUUCAGACCCUUUGCUAUGAGACCUCAAAUUGAGCUCAGGUGCAUCCUGUUUCCAUUGAUCAUCCUUGAGAUGUUUCUACAACUUGAUUGGAGUACACCUUGGUAAAUUCAAUUGAUUGGACAUGAUUGGAAAGGCCACAACCUGUCUAUACAAGGUCCCACAGUUGACAGUGCAUGUCAGAGCAAAAACCAAGCCAUGAGGUCGAAGGAAUUGUCCGUAGAGCUCCGAGACAGGAUUGUGUCGAGGCACAGAUCUGGGGAAGGGUACCAAAGAAGUUCUGCAGCAUUGAAGGUCCCCAAGAACAUAGUGGCCUCCAUCAUUCUCAAAUGGAAGAAAUUUGGAACCACCAAGACUCUUCCUAGAGCUGGCCGCCCGGCCAAACUGAGCAAUCGGGGGAGAAGGGCCUUGGUCAGGGAGGUGACCAAGAACCCGAUGGUCACUCUGACAGAGCUCCAGAGUUCCUCUGGAGCCACUCCUCAGUAAAAGGUACAUGACAGCUUGCCAAAAUGUACCUAAAGUUGAGGUCCGGGGAUUGAUGACUGCUUUGCCAAAAGUGUGCAAAGCUGUCAUCAACGCAAAGGGUGGCUAUUUGAAGAAUAUCAAAUAUCAAAUAUAUUUGAAUUUGUUUAACACUUUUUGGGUUACUACAUGAUUCCAUAUGUGUUAUUUCAUAGUUCUGAUGUCUUCACUAUUAUUAUACAAUGUAAAAAAUAUUUUAAUAUUUUAAUGAGUAUGUAUGUCCAAACCUUUGACUGGUAGUGUAUAAAACAUUAACCUUACUUAGGCCCCACACCCUAAUACGGAAUAGUUUUUUUAUCUUAAUCAUUUCACAAUCAACUUUUACCAGGUGAAUUUAGACCCAAAUAAAAACAUUUUUUUAUUAGAAUAUGCAAAUUAGGUAAUACCUCAUUACAUAUGCACAUAUUUGCAUAUCACGCAAAUGUAUUUUUCUGGACAUUGGAUGAAGUCAGCCUAUUUUUUUUUUUUGUUUCAUUGUGUUAAGACACGCCAGGACCGGACUUGACCAGAGCAGAUUGUGGAUAAAUACUUUUUAUCUGUAAAACACUAAAGACGUACGUAAAAUGCAUUUUUGAUGAAUCUUUCCAAAUAAAAGGUUAUGUAGAAUAAAAUUUUUACAGCAUACAAACGCUGACUGACAUUUGUGGGAAUAAUUUAGCUGUGCAUAAUUAGUUACACAAGACAUAUCCAAGCAGGGGACAACAGUAGAAUAUCACUUGCAAACAACCUUGAGUCAGUUUGUAUAACACCUGAAUAUUAGUUUUCAAAUCAAAUAUGCUAAAUCAAAAUAUGGAUCAAUCUUAUUAACCCUGGCACCUGCGUGUUCGGAGAGCUGUUCUUCAAGCAGUCUUCAGAGUUGGAAGAAGACGUCGACGUCGGAGUCAUGGCGACUGAAUUACUAUUUCCUGUGGUAAAAUGAUUAAAAAAUAUAUUUUAACCAUAAAAUCGAAGUAUUUCAAUUCUUGCCCUCUGGGCAAGUCUGGAGAAUACAGUUGAAGUCGGAAGUUUACAUACACCUUAGCCAAAUACAUUUCAACUCAGUUUUCCCCAAUUCCUGACAUUUAAUCACAGUAAAAAUUCCCUGGCUUAGGUCAGUUAAGAUCACCACUUUAUUUUAAGAAUGUGAAAUGUCAGAAUAAUAGUAGAGAGAAUUAUUUAUUUCAGCUUUUAUUUCUUUCAUCACAUUCCCAGUGGGUCAGAAGUUUACAUACACUCAAUUAGUAUUUGGUAGCAUUGCCUUUAAAUUGAUUAACUUGGGUCAAAUGCUUCGGGUAGCCUCCCACAAGCUUCCCACAAUAAGUUGGGUGAAUUUUGGCCCAUUCCUCCUAACAGAGCUGGUGUAACUGAGUCAGGUUUGUAGGCCUCCUUGCUCGCACAUGCUUUUUCAGUUCUGCCCACAAAUGUUCUAUAGGAUUGAGAUCAGGGCUUUGUGAUGGCCACUCCAAUACCUUGACUUUGUUGUCCUUAAGCCAUUUUGCCACAACUUUGGAAGUAUGCUUGGGUCAUUGUCCAUUUAGAAGACCCAUUUGCGACCAAGCUUUAACUUCCUGACUGAUGUCUUGAGAUGUUGCUUCAAUAUAUCCACAUAAUUUUCCUUCCUCAUGAUGCCAUCUAUUUUGUGAAGUGCACCAGUCCCUCCUGCAGCAAAGCACCCCCACAGCAUGAUGCUGCCACCCCCGUGCUUCACGGUUGGGAUGAUGUUCUUCGGCUUGCAAGCAACCCCCUUUUUCCUCCAAACAUAACUAUGGUCAUUAUGGCCAAACAGUUCUAUUUUUGUUUCUUCAGACCAGAGGACAUUUCUCCAAAAAGUACGAUCUUUGUCCCCAUGUGCAGUUGCAAACCGUAGUCUGGCUUUUUUAUGGCGGUUUUGGAGCAGUGGCUUCUUCCUUGCUGAGCGGCCUUUCAGGUUAUGUCGAUAUAGGAUUAAUUUUACUGUGGAUAUAGAUACUUCUGUACCUGUUUCCUCCAGCAUCUUCACAAGGUCCUUUGCUGUUGUUCUGGGAUUGAUUUGCACUUUUCGCACCAAAGUACGUUAAUCUCUAGGAGACAGAACGCAUCUCCUUCCUAAGCGGUAUGACGGCUGCGUGGUCCAAUGGUGUUUAUACUUGCGUACUAUUGUUUGUACAGAUGAACGUGGGACCUUCAGGCGUUUGGAAAUUGCUCCCAAGGAUGAACCAGACUUGUGGAGGUCUACAAAUAUUUUUCUGAGGUCUUGGCUGAUUUCUUUUGAUUUUCCCAUGAUGUCAAGCAAAGAGUCACUGAGUUUAAAGGUAGGCCUUGAAAUACAUCCACAGGUACACCGCCAAUUGACUCAAAUGAUGCCAAUUAGCCUAUCAGAAGCUUCUAAAGCCAUGACAUCAUUUUCUGGAAUUACCAAGCUGUUUAAAGGCACAGUCAACUUAGUGUAAGUCGCUCUGGAUAAGAGCGUCUGCUAAAUGACUAAAAUGUAAAUGUAAAUGUGUAUGUAAACUUCUGACCCACUGGAAUUGUUAUACAGUGAAUUAUAAGUGAAAUAAUCUGUCUGUAAACAAUUGUUGAAAAAAAUGACUUGUGUCAUGCACAAAGUAGAUGUCCUAACCGACUUGCCAAAAGUAUAGUUUGUUAACAAGAAAUUUGUGGAGUGGUUGAAAAACAAGUUUUAAUGACUCCUACCUGAGUGUAUGUAAACUUCCGACUUCAACUGUAUACUGUAUCUAAGGAUAACCACACACAAUUUGGUGAAUGCAGAGGCUUCUGAAGCUGAAGGAAAUGUGUUGGCGUAUGGGAAGAGUCUGACUUUUGGGAAAUGACAGUUACAGACAAGUACACUGAAUUAAGACUAACCAAAACUCCAAAAGCCUAUUUAGACCCAAUCACCAUCUCUUUAAAGUAAGUUACUAGAUGUAGUUCAGUUUGUAACAUUUUCUAUGAAAUAGGCGUUUGAAAUUCUGUGUAAUUCAAUGUAGUGAGCUUUGAAAUUAUUGAUGUAUGUCCAUUAUAAGUGGUUAAAAUUCAUUCAAAUGUUGAUGACGGUAGUAUGAUAAACAAAAAAAAUAGACAUUUUCGUGAAGUUUUUGACAUUUUUAUGUUUACUUUUUGAAAAUACUAAUAUUAAUGGACCAAAAUACCAACAAAUCUCAAAACGUUUUUUUUGGUAGAUGCAAAAAUGUAAUUUCAGCCUGUGGUGCCUGGCCUUAAUUAGAUUAUACACUGAGUGUACAAAACAUUAGGAACACCUGCUAUUUCCCAGACAUAGACUGACCGGGUGAAUCCAGUUGAAAGCUAUGAUCCCUUAUUGAUGUCACUAGUUAAAUCCACUUCAAUCAGUGUAGAUGAAGGGGAGGAGACAGGUUAAAUAAUUAUUUUUAAGCCUUGAGACAAUUGAGACAUGGAUUGUGUAUGUGUGCAAUUCUGAAGGUGAAUGGGCAAGACAAAAUAUUUAAGUGCCUUUGAACGGGGUAUGGUAGUAGGUGCCAGGCAAACCGGUUUUAUUGUGUCAAGAACUGCAACGCUGCUGGGUUUUUUAUGCUCAACAGUUACCUGUGUGUAUCAAGAAUGGUCCACCACCCGAAGGACAUCCAGCCAACUUGACACAACUGUGGGAAGCAUUGGGCCCUGUGGAACGCUUUUGAUACCUUGUAGAGUCCAUGCCCCGACGAAUUGAGGCUAUUCUGAGGGCAAAACGGGGUGCAACUCCAUAUUAGGAAGGUGCUCUAAUGUUUUGUACGCCUAGUGUAUAUAACUUUUUCUAAAUUAUGAGUGUCUUAAUAUAAUAUGCCAUUUAGCAGACGCUUUUAUCCAAAGCGACUUACAGUCAUGCGUGCAUACAUUUUUUUGUGUAUGGGUGGUCCCGGGGAUCGAACCCACUACCUUGGCGUUACAAGCGCCGUGCUCUACCAGCUGAGCUAAAGAGGACCAUUUAUUGUUGACAGCCAGGGAAAGUGUUGGAAAAUAUGUGGUGACAUAAAGUGGUUUCUGUUCGAAUUACGGGGGAAGGUGGGCAGUUACCCCACGUUACCCUAUGUCAUAAUCUAAUGAUGAAUUAGAUUCAUGAAGUAGGCCAUAGGGGCCUAACUAAGCCAUUUCAUUCACAGACUCUGGUGCUCGUGCGUCAUGCUGUGAAUGCCCCCAGCUCGUACCUUGAAACGGUGGAAACGGUGAGCUUCUUCCUGACCCUGCUGGCGCCUGCGGUCACGCCGGUGUUCAUGCUCUCCGAGCGCUGGAUCCACCUUCCGUGCGGGUGCUUCAUCGACUGCCAGCGGGACACAGAGCAGGAGCCCACCGGUAGGCUAUUCCCUCUGUGAUUGUAAAGGGCCAGUGAGCUGAGGUGCAGAGUGGAAAAACAUAUGGGUGCAAACCAGACGCUUAUCUAAAGCAACGUAACAUUUUAACAUAGGUAACAUAGCCCUAUAUGCCUCCGAGAAUCAUAACAUACAGUAUAGACCUACGCAUUAAACCUAACACAUUUACACGGACACCGUUACAAAAAAAAAAAUGUGGGUCUGAAACACAUAAGCCUACAUCAAUGUCAUAAAAUAAAUCAAUAAAGUCAUCUAAAUGCAAUUUGUUUUUGUUUGUUUUUUUGUUGCAAAAGUCACUACACAUUUUCAUUUUCUUCCCACAGCAAAGAAGAGGUUUGAGUUUAACCUCUCCUUCCAUCAAGGGUACGGAAUAUACAAGAUAUCCCACGCGACCAAACCCCACCGCAGCCCGUCCGUCGAGAAGCCUUCCUAUCACAACCUCUUCAACUGUGACUUCACAGAAAACCAACUUGCAGUGCUGGACAGCUCCGGGGUCGCGAGCCUGCAGGCCGAGCUCGAGUUCAGGACCCCACGUGCGGUGGACAGCUCCCCACUGCGUGAGCAUGACGAGCUGCUUCUCGAGGCAGUGGCAGGUGGAGGAGAGGCCCUCGCGCUGGCAGACUGCCUCCAGUUUCCUCACGAUAACCAUGGAGACCAGGACGGCUUCUUCUGCGGGACCCAGCUCCCGGGACCACGAGGACCUCAACCUCACCGACACGUCGUCGGUGUUCGAGGGAAUGGAACGGAGACUGUCGCAUGUGGAGUGCAGAAGAAUCGAGCUGACGGACUGGGAGUGGUGUAG